UGUGAAGCCGACUCUUGUUUACAGCAGAGAUUCCACGGAGGAGAGUGGAAUCACAUGCACGCACACGCACUCAAGCGGCUUUAAACGAGUGAACGAACAGUGGGGAUUUUAGCAGCUGUAUGUUCACGCAACGUGGACCUGUCUUCUUCCAACAUACCCGGAUAAAAGACGAGGAAGGCUGAAUAACAUCUUGUAUUCACGCUUUUGCGGAGCUCUAUAUUCUGUAGCGUGGCACAUUUUCCCCCCUUCUCGGAACCACGAAGUUCGAUUGGAGGUGACGUGGGUUUUUUGCUGUGGAUCUCCGCAUCGGAAGCUUCCACAGCUUCCACAGCAAACAGAACCACUACUGCUUGUCUGGGAGGCGACUUCAUGGGAUAAAAAAAAGACCAGGCGUGUUUUUCAUCCAUUUCUUCUCUUUUUUGCCCCCACUCAGCCACCACCCUUCUGCUGUGUGGAUGUGGACGUGUGUGUUUUCUGCCCUCCUCCUCUCCGCUUCCACGCAGCACACUGGCAUUAAUGCACGAGGAUGAUGAGAAUAACGUUUAAUUGCUGAUAGACAUAUUUCAUUUAGGAUUAUCGUCCCUUCAUCUCAGGCCUGUUGUUGUUGUUGUUGUUUUUGGAAGAAGACAUGGAGACUGAAGACGGGGAUUACCAUCAUCAUGCAUUCACCGGCCAGUCUUCCAUAGCAGUCAAUGGACUUUGCAGCAAAUAAUACUGUUUUGUCUGACACCCCAUUCACAUGUGUCCACAUUGAUACAAGCCCUUGGGACUACAUUAUUUUUUAUAUAUUUAAUUUUUUUAAAUAGCUUUAUUAUUUCAACCCCCAGCUUGGAUUAAAAAUAUUUUUUUUAAAUAAUAAUGUUGAGGAACAUGAGAGCUGACAAAUUAAUGGGCAUCUCGACCUUGUUUUGGGGUGUGUUGAUGACCCUUUCCACCUUGUGCAUAUGGACCUCAUACGGAAAGAUCUGCGGUCCCAGUAUUGAUAUCCGAAACGGCAUCAGCGAGUUCAAGCUUCUGGAGAACUGUACUGUUGUUGAGGGCUACCUGCAGAUCCUCCUUAUCAAUACCAACAACAGCAAGACCAAGAACCAGGAGGUGUUCCGCUCCCUCAGCUUCCCCAAGUUGACUGUCAUUACGGAUUACCUCCUGCUGUUCCGUGUUCCCGGCUUGGACAGCCUGAGCACGAUCUUCCCCAACCUCAGUGUCAUCCGCGGGCGAAAUCUCUUCUACAACUAUGCCCUGGUGGUCUACGAGAUGGCCAGUCUGAAGGAUAUCGGCUUGUAUAACCUGAGGAACAUCACCCGUGGGGCCAUCCGUAUCGAGAAGAACCCCGAGCUCUGCUACUUGGAUUCUGUGGAUUGGUCUCUUAUUAUGGAUGCUGAGUUUAACAAUAUCGUGAGCGGGAAUAAGAAGGCCAAGGAGUGUGACAAUGUCUGUCCUGGCAUCAUGGAGGAUAACCCGCUUUGUCAGCAGACCACCUUCAAUAACAAACAGGAGUACCGCUGCUGGACCUCCAACCGAUGUCAGAAAGUCUGUCCUGACCACUGCAAGCACGCCUGCACAGACAAGGGCGAGUGUUGCCACAGCCAGUGCCUGGGCACCUGCUCUCAACCCAACAGCGACGCGGCAUGUUCCGCCUGCCUCCACUACUACCACGAGGGCCGCUGCGUGCCGGAAUGCCCCCCAGGUACAUUCAUGUUUGAGGGCUGGCGUUGCAUCACCAUGGACCUGUGCUCCCAAGUGCACCUGCCCAGCGACAUUCACUUUGUCAUCCAUGAGGGCGAAUGUAUGCCUGACUGCCCCUCUGGCUUUGCACGCAACGAGACAAAUCGGAUGUUGUGUAGCGCCUGUAAUGGCUUGUGCGAUAAGAUCUGCUCAACCUCAGUCAUUGACUCAGUGAACGCCGCUCAAUCCCUGAAGGACUGCACCGUCAUUGCGGGCAAUCUAGACAUCAACAUCCGCCACGGAAGUAACAUAGCGUCUGAGCUAGAGAGCUUCAUGGGCCUGAUACAGACAGUGACGGGCUAUGUGAGGAUUCGUCACUCCCACACACUUGGAUCGUUGUCUUUCCUCAAGAGUCUACGUUACAUCAACGGGGAGGAGCUCAUGGAGAAGAUGUAUUCAUUCUCGGCCAUCAAUAACCAACACUUGCAUGAUCUUUGGGACUGGAGUCAGCAUAACCUCACCAUCCGAGCCGGACGUCUUUUUUUCCGCCUGAAUCCCAAACUCUGCAUGUCAGAAAUCCACAAGAUGUGGGAAAAGACGGGCAUCACCAUGAAGCCGGAAGAGGGCGAUUUCCGCAACAACGGCGAAAGGGCCAGCUGUGAAAGCCACAUCUUGAAGAUUUUGUCCAACGGCACAUCGAGCUACACGAUCCGUCUAACGUGGGAGCGCUACCAGCCACGGGAUUAUAAAGGCCUUAUCAGCUUCAUGGUCUACUACAAGGAGGCGCCUUUUCAGAACAUCACCGAGUUUGACGGUCAAGAUGGCUGCGGCUCAAACAGUUGGCACAUGGUUGAUGUGGAUCUUCCUCGAGAUAAUAAUACUGACCCCAAAGUCAGUAUUCACCACCUCAAACCCUGGACUCAGUAUGCCAUUUUUGUCAAGGCCAUAACGCUGCGGGUGGAGGACAAACACAUUCCUGGUGCUAAAAGUGAUAUCAUCUACAUACGCACCCGGCCAUCGUUGCCGACUGUUCCCAAAGAACCCCGUGCUUUCGCCAACUCCUCCACCAAGUUGCUUGUAAAGUGGUCGCCACCAGUCUUCCCCAAUGGUAACCUGACCUACUAUCUGGUUCGCUGGCAGCAGCAACCUGAAGACCGAGAGCUUUAUCUGCAUAACUACUGCUCCAAAGAACUGAAAAUCCCAAUCCGGAUCCCAGCAACAGGAUUCACAGACAUGGAGGAUCUCACCAAGCCCACCAAGUCAGACCUGUCUGGUCCGAAGAAGGGUCCCUGCUGUGUUUGUCCCAAGACGGCUGAGGAGAAAGAUCGAGAAAAGGAUAACCGGGUCUUUUUGAAACUUUUUGAGAACUUCCUUCACAAUGCCAUCUUUUUACAGAGACCGCAAGACCGUCGCCGUAGAGAUGUCUUUGGCUCUGCUAAUAGCACCCUGUUGCAUGAGGGAGCCGUAAGGGGCAACAGCACAUUUGGCCCAAGUGAUAACAGGACAGACGGACUUCCUCCUAUUAUGGAAUACCCCUUCUCAGAAGACAAAAGCACGGUGGAAAGUUUAGAGAUCCCCAACUUGAGGCCCUUCACUGUCUACCAUAUCGACAUUCACGCCUGCAAUGAGGAAGUGGGCCACUGCAGUGUCGGUGCCUUCGUCUUUGCCAGGACCAAACCUGCAGAUAAAGCAGAUGACAUUCCUGGAAAAGUAACCUAUGAAAGGAACGAUAAGAUGCAAGGUUGUGUGGUGCUGCAUUGGCCUGAGCCCAUCAUGCCAAACGGGCUCAUCCUCAUGUAUGAGAUCAAAUAUCGUUUGGGGGCUGAGCCUGAAAAACACGAGUGUGUGUCACGCGAGCAGUACCAGAAGUACAACGGAGCCCGACUCACCAACCUUGGCUCGGGGAACUACUCGUCCUGUGUUCGAGCCACUUCUCUUGCAGGGAACGGCUCCUGGACAGAGAGCAUGUCCUUCUACGUCCCUCUGCCAAAACGAGACAAUGGUGUUGCUCUCUAUUUGAUCGUCAUCAUUCCCAUCAUUGUGACACUCUUCAUCGCCGGCCUCACCACCAUCCUCUUCUUUGUUAACAAAAAAAGGAACAGCGACCGCUUAGGGAAUGGCUUCCUGUAUGCUUCAGUCAAUCCAGAGUACUUCAGUGCUGCUGAGAUGUACGUCCCGGACGAGUGGGAGGUGGCGAGGGAGAAGAUCACCAUGCACAGGGAGCUGGGCCAGGGCUCUUUCGGCAUGGUGUACGAGGGCCUCGCCAAGGGAGUAGUGAAGGAUGAAGUUGAGACACGAGUGGCCAUCAAGACAGUCAACGAGUCGGCUAGCAUGAGGGAGCGAAUUGAGUUUUUGAACGAGGCGUCCGUCAUGAAGGAGUUCAACUGUCACCACGUGGUGAGGCUUUUGGGCGUGGUCUCCCAAGGACAGCCCACCCUGGUGAUUAUGGAACUGAUGACCCGUGGAGAUCUCAAGAGCCACUUGCGUUCUCUACGCAAAGAAAACUCCACCGUCCAGGUCCUGCCCCCUCUCAAAAAGAUGAUCCAGAUGGCGGGUGAGAUUGCCGAUGGAAUGGCGUACCUAAACGCCAACAAAUUUGUUCACCGAGACCUGGCUGCCAGAAACUGCAUGGUAGCGGAAGACUUCACCGUGAAAAUCGGAGAUUUUGGUAUGACUAGAGAUAUUUAUGAGACAGAUUACUACCGAAAAGGAGGAAAAGGCCUGCUGCCUGUUCGCUGGAUGUCUCCGGAAUCGCUGAAAGAUGGCGUAUUUACGACGAUGUCUGACGUCUGGUCUUUUGGUGUUGUGCUGUGGGAGAUCUCUACAUUGGCAGAACAGCCUUAUCAGGGCAUGUCCAACGAGCAAGUGCUGCGCUUCGUCAUGGAAGGAGGACUCCUGGACAAGCCUGACAACUGUCCUGACAUGCUGUUCGAGUUGAUGCGGAUGUGCUGGCAGUAUAACCCCAAGAUGCGUCCAUCCUUCCUGGAGAUCAUCGGCAGCAUCAAAGAGCAGCUGGACCCCCCCUUCAGGGAAAUGAGCUUCUUCUACAGUGAGGAGAACAAGCCUCCAGACACGGAGGAGCUGGACAUGGAGGUAGAAAACAUGGAGAACAUUCCACUGGACCCUGCAUCCACCAUGCAGCCCUCUGCCUCCGCCAGCCCCACAGCGAGGUGCUCCACAGGGACACCGCCACCCUCCACUCAGCAUUUACCCAUGCAGCACCCGAGUACUCCUCUAGUUGGACCUUCUCCCUCUUCGCUGGCAUCUGCCGGACAGAGUUUGGACAAGCACACGGGACACGCAAUGCCUAAUGGGCCCGCGAUGCUGCUGAGGCCCAACUUUGACGAGCUGCAGCCGUACGCUCAUAUGAACGGAGGCAGGAAGAACGAACGUGCGUUACCGCUGCCUCAGUCGUCAGCAUGCUAAUACUCUUCCUCCUCUUCCUCCGACACAGGGUAACCCAAAUCUCUCCUCCGCCUUUUAGGAGACGGAUGAGGUAAGACUUUGUCCUACUGAGGGCCAGUAGAGGGUCUCCACUCAAGACAAAGAACUUCUGGAGACCGGACUUUGUCUUUUAUUACAUGGAUCCUUCCAAAGGAGGACAUCAAGACUUAUUAAUCGCCCUUUUUUCAAAGCAUAUCUGCCAGCAAAUCCAACAGAAGAGCACUUUUUUUUUUCCUUCGAGAGGAUGCUGUGGAGUGUGUAUUUAUACAAACAUGUCAUUCUCUCUAUGAUGCUACUUUCCAUCAAAGGAGAAGCUCAUUGUUGUGAGUGGAGAUGCUGUCACAAUGGAAGAAUGAGUGUUUGUAGCUAGAAAGAAAUGGUGCCAAAUAAAGGCUGUGCUUCACAGUUUAGCCACAACACAAAGACAGAGAUUUUCUCCAAAUUAUACUGAAGUGAACGCUAGCAUACAUGAAAUGUAUCGUUGUUGCAUACAUCACUCAAACUCUGAAGCACAGCCUCAGUUUUACCAUCCAAACUGAAGCAUCAUUUCCAGACUCUUACCGUUCUGGAUGGGCAUUAAUGAUCAAUAAAUUGGUAUUGUUAACGUGAUUGGGGAAAUCUUGUUCCUUGAAUGUCCUGAGCUCCUGUUUCCUAUUGAGAAUGCCUGUUCACCAAAUAACGCCUGUGCUGGCGGAAGCCAAGUAGUGCACUUCUUUGUGCCUCAAUCACCGAUCAUCAGUUCAACACAAUUGCCGAUCAAUUCGUUGAUUAUCAUGCCCAUCCCUUUCACUUUCUCCCAGCAUGCACAUCAGCCAGUGAGUACGAGGAAAGAAAGGACGCUUGUUGGUUUGUACGUCAUCUAGAAGGUCUUACGGUUGACUUUUAUGACUGCAGGACCCUUUUUUUAUACACAAGUCAUUGUUUAGUUUUCACUUUCUACAAUGUUUGCCUCUUAUGUCUGUACAGAACAAAGCUGCUAUUUUAUUCUCUCUUUCUUGGAUGUUACAUAGAAAAGAAAUCCUUCAGGUGUGGUAUUUUAUGCUCUCCACUAAAGUCCUUUUCUUAUCUUUUUAAAUCUCUUACAUUUUUUUUAAAGACAAAAAAAAAGGUUGAUUUAGUUAUCAAAUGUGUUUCUGUAACACUACACUUCAUUUAUUGUAUUUGUUUGUCGGAUGUCUGUAUUAUUAUUAUUAUUAUUAUCAUUAUUAUUAUUAUUAUUAUUUGAAAUGGACACCUUAGCUCCAUGUGUGAGCGUGUAUUUUCUGCACCCUUUUUUAUGUAAUUUGUCAUCUAGCACUGCGCCUCAGGGUGCGCCUCAAUCUCAGGUCAGCGUAAAGGCUUUUUCUCUUUCUAAACACAUUCUCAUCCUCCUCGUCUUCUUUUCCCAUCAUGCUUUGUUGAGUCUGACAGUGCUCUCUCUCUCUUUCUUUCCCUCUGUGGCUCCUCCUGUGUAGUUUUUUUUUUUAGUAGUUUACAUUAUUCUUAGUUUUUUUAGGGGCUUGUUGGCCUUAAUCAUGCAAAGCAUCUUUCAUUAUGGUCGUGAGCACACGCCUCCUCCCCCUCAAAGUGUCAUCGUCUUUCAAACGCUUAGAAAACCAAAUAAAGAAUGAAUGGCUUCAAGACCACAAAAUGAGGUUGAAUUUUAAUGUAAUGAAUGGACACAAAAAAGGUCUUAAAUUAAAUGGAGGCUGAGAAUGAUUUUCAUGGAUUUAUCCAGAUUUGUUUUCAUAUUAUUUUUGUUGAGAAAUGUUGUUUUUUUUAUGUUGUUUUUUUUCUGUAGAAGUGUUAUUUAUUUGUAUGUCCCUUCAAUGAUAUCAGUUUAAAUCACUGUAUAAAUUGUCCCAUGAUUCAAUAUAAAGAUGGAUUUUUUUUUUUGGUAUUUACUUUGGUAUUGCUACCUUCUUCUUUUUAAAUUAUUUUUACAUUCGUGUUAAAAAAAGGGCUGGAAUUCACUCUAGUAAUCUAUGAAAACAAUGCCUAUUGUAUUGAAUACCAUUUAAAACUCGAUUGACAGUCAAGAAAAAUAAAUUAUAUGGAAAAACAAUUGUGCAAAGGCAUCAAUCAGUAACGAUUAAAAAUAUUUCACAUUUUUAAACAUGAUUGUAAUGAUUGGAUGGUACAAACUUUGAUGUAAUUUAUUUGGAUAAUGUAAACACUGCUUAUGGCGGCCCGGCAGUAUAAUGGCCACUCAUCCUCGCAUGGACGCCAUCUAGUGGUGUCUCAGUGAAGUCAUUGCUAUUCAUUCUAAUAAUAAAAAAACAUAUUUGUACAUUCUGACAGAAUCAUUGAAAUGUUAUUUUAACAAGUCAGAAAUCAGCGAAUGUGUAUUUUUUAAUAGUUAGGAUGAAUGUAACGCUAAAUGUAAUGAUUGGUAAUUCAGUUACAGGCGUGUUUAAGGGGCUGACGUCAUUUAGGUUACGGGUCGUCAUGCAUAAGAUUAAGAUUUAAAUGUGUUUUUUUUCAUUGCCAAGUUUCCUGCAUGCUGCAAAAUGCUAUGUUUAAUUAUUAUUUGGAUUUCACUGAAUGUUUUCAUGCAGCUUUACAGAGGUCUAUGCACCCAAACUGCAAUAAAAUAAUGUAGACAUGUAGACCUUUCCAUUCCGGUACAUUCAGAGGGGGGGCCUCCUAUCUGCUAGUGCUUUAUCUGGAAAAAUAUGUGCUUGUUUCCUCAUGAGGAAAAACAAUACAUUUUGUAUAUGAAGCCUCAAAUUUUGUUCACCGAUGCAGUCCUCGGUGGAUAUCUCCAGAUGUGUAUUUUUCAUUUUUUUC